UCUGUUUGAUUAACUGGGAAAUAUCUAAGUUACUACGAGUAUACACAAUGAAUCGUUUAAAGUAUGUACUUGGUAUCAAUGUUCACCGUUGUGUACCAUCCAGUAAGAUUUCACACAAUUCUUUUACAUCGCAAUACGCUGCGAGGCUGGAACAGAGUAUCAAAGGGAGGCACCAGUCGGACGUUUGCGUGUUGUCACGAUCCAAGGAGAUCAGCGACUUCAGGGACUCUCGUUACGCUGGACAAACGAGGAACGAAACGACGCCCACGCUACGACGUGGCAAAAAUACAUCCCUGGAGAGAAUCGUUUCAGAAGAAUCUGUCGAAGAACGCCGUGACUCGAGAGGUCAGCUGAAAAAGUCACCUAAUGGCGAACGAGCCAGUGGACGAAUCGUCGUGGAGGAAUCGAUAGGCUUGACGAGAAAGACAAAGAACUUGGACGUAUCGAGAGGAACGAUCGAAAUGGAACCUCGAUCGUACGCGCAAAUGAUAGCCAGUUACAACGACGCGAUGUACUGGCCGAAUUGCUCAGGUGUCUUGAAGGACAAUCCGAAUUCGUCCACGAUCAAUGGGAUUCGCAGAAGUCCUUUCAGCACUGCGUCUUUGGUCUCUCUGAAGUGGAAGAACAAACCCAAAGGAGCAGGGGAUACGAACAGCUCAGCCAGUGGUCUGAACGUGUUCAGCCGAGACGAUGACAUGAUUGGGAACAACAACGAGGUUCAAAAGUUUCUGUCGUACGCGUCGAUGAUAGAAAGAUACAGCAAGGCGAUGGAUCUUGGCUCGGUUGAUAAUUGCGAUUGGCACGAUAACGUGGUGCCCAAACGAUACGCGUCCACCGAGUUCGACGAAAUUCCCAUAAUCCUAAUGAGCGAGAAGGACGCGAAUAAAAAGCCAAUUGCGACUACGGAUGAGGAGAUCGGCGAUGACCAAGCUGAGGUCGAGAAAAACGCGCACGGUCAGGAUGGCUGGUUAACGAAAAUGGACGGAACAAUAAAGGAUCUGAAACGAAUCACCGCGAAGGCGGACUCGGACGACAAAUGGAUGCCGCAGCCUGCCUAUUGGCUGGACAGGGUGAUGAACGCGCAUAAGAAGAGGAUCAAAGACAAAAGGGAGAUGCUUGAGAAAACGUCGGUCAAAUCUGCUGCGAACAAACUCGCGAAUCGUAGCGCAAAUCGUGGUACGAUCGUUCAGGACAACGAACCUACAUCGAACAGCGAAACUGAAAGUGUUGCGGCAUCGCAGAGACCCGAUUCUACGAAACCACCAGCCUCGAUUCCAUCAGCUUCGAGUCCACCAGCUUCGAAGCCACCCUCGCAAGAUGGACCUGGCAGCACGCCCUCUAUAAUAGACUACAUCAGACGAGGACCGAUGAGUACGUCGGGUUCGACGAACCCGACAAAGGAGCCGCAAAUCGAGCUGAGAAUGACACCUUCGCAAAACGAGUCCGUGGUGUCUAUCAACAUGGACGAGGAGGCGGCGAGAACAACGAAUGGUAACAAGGAGCAACUCUCGGUCGUGGUGUCCUCGAAGAGGGACGCAAUUGGAAAAGGGGAGCCGCGUCCGGACUUCAGUUCGAUGCAGAUAUCCAUCAGCGAGACUACGAUACCGGUGAAGCAAAUCGAGUUUUCCAUCAACGGGAAGCCGGUGUCGGAGUUGAAGAGCAUCGUAGCUAGAGCGGACAAGCUGGACGUUCUCAGUUCGAUGGACAAGGUGGAGAUCAGGAUCCCAUCGAAGAACCGAACCGCCGAGCAGUCGACGAACGUUGUCGCGUCGUCCAGUUUCGAGUCGAAGCCCGUUUUGAAAUUGCAGAUCGCCGCGAAAUUCAACGAGCCACGCUUUCAACAGCCGAGGGACACAGAGAUGAAGACGGAUCCCUCUCACAUGCCACCGCCAACCGCACCUGUAACGCCCACGCCACCCACGCCACCAGCGCCUCCUGUGAAACCUCCCAGGCCGCACAGUCUUUUCAGGCGAGAACCGACUGAAAGCGGAGCGACGGCGAACGAGACGAAGAAGGAUGGCCCAUCGAACGCCUUAAUAGCUAAACAGGUCGAAAACGCCAUUUCCCAGAGAGACGUCCGCGCCUCAUCGACACCGAGGGAUGAAAAGAUCUCGAGCACUAACGUGGCUGUCUUUCAGAACAGCGAGAACAGGCCGUCGAAUUCCGACGCGAACGCGCCGGAUCGCCAGUCUCAGCAGCCAGCGAUGAACAACGAGGAGAAGAAUCGAAUACCGUCGAACGCGAUCCCGUGGUGGUCGUCCGAGGACUCGUUCAAGAAGAUCAGAAAAAAGGGCAACACGCCUACGAAAAGUACGUUGGAAUCGAACAACGCCGUUCCGUUCGUUCCAGUGCAGGCCAGCCCAAGCGUGAAGGACAGUGACGAGGAGAAAUUGACUACCGACGUCUCGAUCGCUGGCUCUCCAAAAGAGGUCGGUCCGACGAAAGUCGACACUCGACGGGAGGACGUAGUGCCAAAGAGACCAGUAGUCGAAGAGACGAAGCGCGAUGAUCCUGAUCCGAUAGUUAAUUACGUUCGAGCGGAAAGCUCGCCGCAAUGGGUGCCCCUUAAACAUGCUAGCGAAACGACACCAACGAAACACUCGAGCGGAGUGACAAAGAGACCGAGAUACCGCGCCAGGAGUAACCUUCACGACAGAGAAGCCACGGAAAAGGAGUCUGACGUGCCGACGAUUUCCAGAAUUCGUUACGAUGGGAAGUUGAAGUCGGUGUCGAAGAUCGAGAAGAAGCCCGUCGCGGUGCGAGGCCCUGGCUCGCAGAUCGGCAAGGCAAAUGUACAGAGUUCAAACGCGAUAUGCAAAAAGGAGGGAAAGUUAAGUGCUAACGAAUCUGCUGAUGUUUCAGCGAGAGGUGAGAAGAAGCGGAGCGGCACAGACGGGACAGUUGAAAAGAAUCUGCUGGUUAAGUCGAUCGACGAGUCGCACCCGCGAAUUAAGGAGAUUCUAAAGUCGAUGAAACCGAUCGAGAAGAGAGAGGAUGGUACGUUGAUCGACUACGGUGUGAUCGUGCCGUCGAGGAAACCAUCGAAGAAGGUGACAGAGAUUCCAAGAAUCCAGACGAAAGCCUCUAUCGAGAACACCGCGACGAAGAAGGAAAAUCGAGAGAAGAUCGUGGAACCGGAAAAGGUGUCGUCGACGAAGAAGAAGACUCUGACGGAAUUGAAAAACGUGGUGGAACAGUCGAAGGUCGUGGAGCCAGAGAAGAUACGUUCAGUGAACAAACUAGCGAAAUUCGACGUUGAGACAAAAUACGAAACGAAUAAACCAAGAAUCGGAUCGAUAGGUGAGAGGGCGAUGAACGAGAAGAAAAAGGAAGAAAAACUUAAAAUCGAAAGUGCAUAUAACGGAGAUCGACUGGAGAAACGACUGAUUUCAACGGAAGAAUCUUCGGCGAAAGGGACACGAUCCAACGACGAGCUUCUGAAAAGCAGCGACACAAACGUUAAAUCGUCACUCUUGGAUAAAUCGAAGAACACGCUUCCUGGAAGCUCCGUUACGCCAGACGAAACGAAAGCUUCCGAGAAGAAGGAGCCAAAGAAUACUUUGAAGUCGGCGGAGCAGAAGAAAGCGCCAUUAGAAACAACGAUCGUUGGUCCCUCGAACAACAUCUUGGAUAAAACAGCUCCUCCACUGAUGGGGACCAUUAACUUCCCUGGUUCACAGAAAUCGGGCGACGACGCGGUGAAAAGCGAUAAUACGCCGUCGAAGGAAUUACCUACUGGUUCGAGGGAGAGACAACGAAGGAAGAAUACGAAUGAAACUGGCGUUUCGCCGUUCGAGGGAACGAUUCAACUUCGACCUUCGACCAACCGGGACAAUUUGGUGAGGUUAACUGGCAUCGACAAGGAGAAAGUGAGUACAGAGUUGACCGAUCAGGGCGACGACUCUGCGAAGCCAUCGAACAAAGGUGGAGGCGGCAGAGGUUCGAGCAGUCCUGCUGCAAUUUCAGAACCGCCGAUUACCUAUUUGAAGGAAAGAUUGGGUCAAAGUAUCGAAACAGAGGAUAAAAAUGGCAAGAAAGUCGGAGAGUACGUGUUAACCGACGAGGAGAGACCCGAGAAAAAUAUAUUGUACUCGUCAUGGUUGCAACGUUUCAAACAGAAUUUUCACGGUGACAAGACUAUUUGAAAUUUGGAGAUGUUUUUCAUCGCUAAACGUGAUUUGGAAAUUAUUCACUGGACUUGUGUCGGAGGAGGAUUUUGAUUUAUUUUGA